AUAUUUCUUCCAAACCCCUUGUUAUAAAAUAUAUAAAUAUAUAUAGGUGAAUCAAGAAGUAUUUACUAGUAACUAUAGUUGCAUAGUCGAUCAUUUUGGGGGUAGAGAGAGAGAGAGAGAGAGAAUAGUGAAGGAAAUAAAAGCAUGGAAAUCUCUGAAGCAUAUCCAAUGAAUGGCGGAGAUGGCCUCCAUAGCUACGCCAAGAACUCCACUCCCCAGAGAAGAAUCAUAGAUGUUUCCAAAGAAGUAGCAAAAGAGGCAAUUUUAGAAAAGCUUGACAUUGGUGUUCUUAAUUCUUCAAAAACAUUUGGGAUUGCAGAUUUGGGUUGCUCUGUUGGUCCAAAUACAUUUGCAGCAGUGGAAAACAUAAUCGAAGCUGUGAAAAACAAAUACCAAAGCCGAGGCCUAAAUUCCAAAAUCCCAGAAUUCCAAGUCUUUUUCAAUGACCAUGUCUCUAAUGAUUUCAACUUGCUCUUCGCAUCCCUCCCUCAGGACAAACAAUACUAUGCUGCAGGCUCGCCGGGCUCUUUCUACGGUCGCCUAUUUCCCGAGGCUUCUCUUCACAUUGUUCAUUCUUCCACUGCCCUGCAAUGGCUUUCUAGAGUGCCGAAAGAGAUAGUGGACAAGGACUCUCCUGCUUGGAAUAAAGGAAAAGUUCACUAUGCAAGUUCUGGUGACCAAGUGAUUCAGGCUUAUAAAGCUCAAUAUGAAAAGGACAUGGAGAAAUUCCUUCAAGCCAGGGCACAUGAGAUUGUGCAUGACGGGCUAAUGCUACUCAUUUUACCUUUCAACCCCAAUGGAAUUCAUCCUUCUCAAUCUGCAUCAAAUUUGUGUUUAGACCUUUUUGGAUAUUCUCUCAUGGACCUUGCAAAAAAGGGAAGAGUUAGUGAGGAGAAAGUGGAUUCCUUUAACCUUCCAUUAUAUAUCACGACUCCCCAAGAAUUUAAAGCUGUUGUGGAAAGAAAUGAAGGUUUCAGCAUAGAAAGAACGGAAAUAUUGCCUAGAACAGAUUUUGUAAAUGGAAUUGGCCCAAAUGGGCAUCAAAUAGCAACUUACCUGAGAGCUGGGAUGGAGGGGUUAAUUAAGAAGCAUUUUGGAGGUGAUAUCAUAGAUGAACUCUUUGAGUUGUAUGCUAAGAAAGCCGAUGAGAUAUUAAUCCCCGCCAUGGUUAAAUCAGCUGAACAGGGAGUUACCUUAUUUGCUGUGCUUAAACGCAAAGCUUAUUAGUCUUUCAUAUGAAGGAUUUAUAAUGUGUUGGCUAAAUUUGAGGAUCCUGUAAACAUAACCGUAUUGGAAACACAACCUUUCCUUUAUAUAUAGAUAGAAUGUGUGUUUAUGUUUGCUA